AUGGAUUCUACCUCCACGUCCCCGGAGCCCAGACAGUCAGAGAGCCCGAGUGCUCUGGCCAAGGACUCAUGCAGGAUCACAAGUCACAUGUCAGUGUUCAGUGAUGGAACAGAGAACGGUCCUCUUCUACAGCUCCACACACUCAAGGAGUUUGAACAGCCCCUGCCCCUGUCCCACAGCAGCCCAGAACUGAGCAUGGAGCAUCUCAAUGACCUGAAGAAGGAGAACUUCAGCCUCAAGCUCCGGAUCUACUUUUUGGAGGAGAGGAUCCAACAGAAGUAUGAGGAGAGCUGCGAGGAUGUCUACCGCUCGAAUAUUGAGUUGAAGGUGGAAGUGGAGAGCUUGAAGCAGGAGCUCCUGGAGAAACAACACCUUCUCGACAAAACUCUCAAAACAGCAGAGAGCUUGACAAAUCACAAUGAAGCAGAGCUGCAGAGACGAUGUAAUGAAAGACAGCAGGAAAUCGACGAAAUGCAGCAAGUUCUGGAGACUAAGAUACAGCUCCUGCAGGAGGAGGCCCAGAGAGCACACAGUGAGGCAGACAGGAUGGCCUCGGUGGCUGAAUCCCAGCCCCAAACCCCCAUUGAUGACAUGUCAGAGGAGGAGAUGUGGCCCCCAUCCACCCCCAGUAGAGACAGCCUGAUAGAAGAACUGACAAAAGAGCUUCGAUCCAAAGAGGUCCUCAUCUCAGCAUUGACCAGUGAGAAGAAUUCUCUCACUCGCCAAGUGGGGGAGCUAGAGGGCCAGGUCCAAGAGCUGUCCUCCACUCUGCUUCAAAAAGAUAAAGAUGUUGAUUUCUACCAGGAUGAACUGGGUCGAGAGAGGCUUCGUAUCGAGGAAGAGAUGCAGAGCCUUGUUGAAGAGCAGCAGACGCAACUGAACCAGUAUGAGUGUGCAGCUGGGCAGUGUGUCAGUGAACUGCAGAAGGCCCAGCUCCAAGUGCAAUCUCUGCAAGCCAAAUUCCACGAGAGUGAGGCCAACAACAUGAAACUGCAGGAGAAACUUAAUGAGAUGGAGAGUGAGCUUCGGUCACUUCGGCAGUCCUCUCAUUGCCAAGAACGAACCAUUCAGGGUCUCAAUGACUGCAUCCACACCAAAGACAAUGAGGCCCAGGAGCUGUACCAAAUGCUUGAAGGGCAGAAUUCUACUCUUUGCAAAUUGAGAGAAAUGGUGCAACGCAAUCAGUGCAGUCAGAACAAGGCUCCAGAGGGGGUGUCUGACACAGUGGCCCAGCUGCAGGAUGAGCUGGUGGCCGUGCAGAGCUCGCUGUUCUCCCUUGGCCUUGAAUUAGAGGCCAGUCAGAGGAGUUUGAGACAGAGCCAGAGGCGAGAGGCGGACCUCCUCAAGUUCAAAGACAGACUGGAUUCAGAUCUACAGGAUGCAGUGCAGCAUAGGGAGGUCACAGAAAAACACAACCAGACUCUCCACUGCACCCUUCAAAAAACCUACUCUGAGCUUCAAACUAAAGAAGCUGCUCUGAAAGACGCAGAGUUUGAGAAGCACCAUGUGAUGCAGGAGAAAGAAAAGGCCAUUGGACGGUUCAAACAGCUUCUGGAAGACAGAGACCAGCAAUUAAGGGAAUACUCUGAGAUGUUGGAGUCUCUAGAAAGAUGUAAGCAGAGGGAUGUUCUUGUAGAGAAGUUAAGAGAGCGGAUUAAAGAAAGGGAUAAGGCCCUCGAGCAUUCGAUAGAUGAGAAAUAUCAAUGCCUGGAAGAGCAUGAGAGUCAGGCGAGAAGCCUUCAGCUGGCUCUCCGGGAGAAGGAGCGUGACCUGGAGAGGCUCCGGUGCAUCCUGUCUAAUAAUGAGGACACCAUCACGAGUCUGGAUUCUUUGAUGCGCAGUAAAGAUAUGGAGCUGGAGCAGGCGGCAGAAGCCUACAGGAACCUGCAGUGGCUGAAGCAGCAUAACGAGGAGAAGGACAGGAGCUCUCUGAGAGAGAAAGACUGCAUCAUUAACCAGCUGCAAGCCUCUCUACAGGCUCGCGGCCAGGAGGCACAGGAUUUGACAAGAGCUCUUCUUGCCCGGGUUCAAACUGCCCCUGGUGAGGUCAUCGAGGAGCUGAAGGCUCGUCUUACUCUUAAAGAGCAACUUUUCCAGGAGCUCCUCUCAGAUCGCAGUCGCCAAUCAAAUGAACACCUGACUCAAAUUCAAGACUUGCUCAACACCAUCAGUUCCAAAGAUCAGUAUCUACAGGACUAUUCAUACAGGAUGUCUCUGGUGAUUUCGGAGCGGACAGGACAAUUGCAUGAAACACAAAAACAGUUGUCUUUAAGAGAUCAGGAGCUGUGUAAGCUUUCACAAGUCAAGGAGCUAGGAGGAGAUACAGAGAGCUUAAGAAGUUUGCUAAAAGAGAAGGAAUCUCUUAUUAAGGAGCUCCAGAGUCAAGAGGAGGCUCGAGAGUCUUUCUCAAAUCAAGAUGAAGCCAAAAGCUCAGCUCUGCAGGAGGAGAUGAAGAUGGUGCUCAAGAAGGGACGAGAAGCACAGGAUGAGCUCUCUGCUUUGCAAUUGUCUUUGGGACAUCAGCAGACGGCUCAGCAGGGAACUACUGGAAGAGACUUUGCAGAUUACCAGCUGGUGUUAGAUCAGCUCUUGUCAGAGUACAACAGUCUAAAUGAUGCUUUGAGAGCCGAGAAGAGAUUGUACCAGAAUCUGAGCCAAAUUCAUAACAGCGCUGACAGUGCAGGAAAGAUGGGGGCCCUGCACACUGAGCUGGACACGGUACAGGCACUGCGAGGACAGUUGGAGGAGGUUCUGGCUCGAACCCGUAACACGGUCUUAAUGCUGGAUAGAACAGCUAAAAGACCGACUGACUUAGGAGAGCUCGGUUCAGUUGAAGAAAAAGAGUUUGAUGAUGACUGUAGCAGUGAGGAAUUCACUGACAGCAUAGAGGAAGAGGACUGUAAAGUGACUACACACAGUCAAUCAUCUAUCCAGGCUCCGGGGAAAUGCCAUGUUGAAGAAGAAAACAAAACACCGGAGGCUGAACUUGAAGAAAUGCAGUCAGAGCUGGAGAGGGAUGGCUUUAGUUCAGUAUCUCAAAUGAGGAGUUAUCUAAGAAAGCUUCAGCAGGAAAACAGUGUUCUUAAAGAGACCCUUAAUCAGACUGACAUGGAGCAGGAUACUGAAGAUGAGCUGGAGACAGAGGAGGAAGAGGACAAGGACAGUGAUGAAGAGGAGGAAUCUCCCUUUGACAGUGAUCACCAUCAAAUCAGACCCAACACCUUGAGUCUGUCUUCCCAUAACGCCAGUGUUGUUGGUGCUGGGCGUCCUGCCUGCAGUGAGCUCCCACAGGACUCGGAAGUGGGGCUGAAGGAGCAGGCUUCACGUCUGCGCUGUGAUCUGGCUCUGAGCUGCCAGGAGAACAGGGAGCUGCAUGAGAGGCUGAUGGUGUCUGAGGCCACGGUCACUGCUCAGGCUGAACAACUACAGGACUACAGGGACCUGCUGACAGAGACAUCGGUCAAACAGGCCAGUAAGCAUGUGCAGGUGGAUCUGCAAGAUCUGGGAUAUGAGACCUGUGGUCGUAGUGAGAACGAAGCAGAGCGAGAAGAAGCCAGCAGCCCUGAGUUUGAUGACCUCGAGAUGUGCACCGCGCUCUCACAGCAGGAUUAUGAGGGCGAAGGCCGAUGCUGGUUAGCUGGAAACACCAAUCACACAGAGCCCUUUGAAAGCAGAGGAGAUCCUAGAUCCCUUCAACAUCUGGUUCAAGAUCUGCGCUCUCAGCUCACUCAUUGUCACAAAGUCAUUCGAGGGCUGCAAAUGAGAGUUCGCUCUUUGUCGACCACCAGUGACUAUGCGUCCAGCCUUGAGAGGACGCCACGAAAAGUAAACUGGGCCAUGGCCAAAUCACCAGCACCAAGUGGCGCAGAAGAGGAUGAAGGGUGGAUGUCUGAUCCACAGGGAACUCACUCAUGGUCCAGUCGCAACAAAGAGCUCCAUCAUCUAAUGGAAAGAGUAGCAUCUUUGGAGACACAACUGAGAAACUCCAAGAAGGACAACAUAGGACAAUCAGAAGAUGUAAAAUGUGCCACAUGGCCAGGGAAGUACAACUCUUUGAUUCAGGCCCAAGCACGUGAGCUUUCCCAUCUGAGACAGAGGAUUAGAGAGGGCCAAGGGGUGUGCCAUAUUCUCACCCAACACCUGGGAGACACCACAAAGACUUUUGAAGAGCUACUUCGUUCCAAUGAUAUUGAUUACUACAUGGGCCAAAGUUUCAGAGAGCAGCUGGCCCAAAGCACUUCUCUGGCACAGAGAGUUGUUUUAAAGAUUAGUGGAAGAGACUGCAGUGAGAACUGUGAUGAUAAAACAGCAACACUUCUUGCCUUAAGGCUAAGUAAGGAGCUUCAGCAGAAAGACAAAAUCAUCGAAUCCCUUCACUCAAAGCUCCAGCAGCGGGCGGACACUCCGUCUAGUUGUCACGCUCUUUCUGAAACCACCGACCAAUCAGACCGGACGUCUAUGUUGUCAGACGAGUUCCGAGGCACUGAAGACUUGGACUUGUGCUCUGAAGUCGACCGACAAGAAUAUCAUGAGGAGCACCGACUGCCGCUGGGACGUUUUGCAUCAGAGCAGAGUGCCUCAUUGCCCCAGUACCUCCCCUCUACCCAUGCUCCUGGUGAUUGGGGUAAGAAGCCUUCCUCUGCCUCCUGCCCCAGGUCUUUGUCUGUCAGUGCUGCUCAGCCAGAUGUGUUAUAUGAACAGAGAAGGGGUUCAUUUUCAUCUGGACUCAACUAUGGCCAGCAUUCUCAUCUUGCCCUUCAACAAAGACAGUUGGGAAUACAAAAAGACUCUGGUUUGGCAACAGGAGGGCUUCUGUGGGAGAUAGAGAGUAAGGCUCAACCAAUAGGAAGCUACUCUGGAUUAACAGAGAAUCCAGCCAACAAUGGAGCAGGAAUGCGCCUUAUUGAGGAACACUUACAGGAAGUAAAGUGUCUACGUCAGCGUUUAGAAGAGUCCAUUCAAACCAACGAGAAACUGCGUCAGCAGCUUGAGGAGAAGCUGGCAAGCACAGGGCGAGAAGGAGGAGCAGCAACAAACAUCUACAUUCAAGGACUUGACACAGUUAGUCAACUGUCAAAUGAGAUUAGAGUCCUGAAAGAGGACAAUCUGAAGCUACAGUCACGUCUUCAAGCAAGCACAGGUGAAGAAGUAGUCCAGUUGCGUGAUGCAGUAUUUGCGGCCCGUGCUCGCCUUAAACAGGCAGAAUUAGAGACAGAGCAGUGGAAAGAGGAGCUGAGACGUCUUCAGAUUCACAGUCAAGAACAGGCACAGCAGUUGAAUGCUUUAAGACAGGAGCGGCAGGCGAACCAGGAGCAAAGCAACAGACUUCAGCAUGACAUUAGUCUCCUACAGCAACAGCUAUGUGAAAGUAGGGACCUGAUUCACUCGCUGCAGGCUGAGCUGCAGGUUUAUGAUCAAGUUUACGCUCGAACUAAGCCACAUAAAGGUUUUUUAUCUGAGCUUCCUAUUCUACCGUUGGAACUUGCCGAGCUUCUUGGGGAAGUGAGGAGUUUGCGUGCCCAGCUGCAAAACAGCAUCCAGGAGAACAGCUCCCUCAAACAGCUGGAGCUCCACAAGCAGCUGGAGCAGAAACUGGGCUCCCCCAGGACCCUGUGCGCCCUUACUGCCAGCCCACAGAGAGAGCACUUCUACAAACGCCAAUUUCUGCAUGACCCUGCCCCGUCUCCACCGGUCAGGGACAUCGGUCUGUUUAACUGUGGAUCCCCCGGUCCACCAUACUCCGAACUGGAGGACUGCGAUAUUGCUCCAAAUGACACAUUUGACCCUCAUGCUGAGUUGGAGGGAGAAGCACCCGAUGGAUCGUUUGCAAACCGUAACGGUCGCCAUGUCAUCGGGCAUGUGGACGACUUCAGUGCUCUGCAACAGCAGAUUCUGGAGGGCUGCAGUCUCAUCCAUCAAUUAGACUCUAUGUUAAAGUCAUGCCAGAGUUCACUGAUGAAAGAGCAGACACAGGGCCAAGAAAAUUUUAUGGAUGAAAGUUGUGUUCCGAUUUUAUUUGCCAACACUAAAACUCUGAGGCAAAUCUUUGAUGAAGCCAUGUCUCUGCUGAAGAUGUUCUGGAGAGCAGCUCUCCCCAGCACAGAUGCCUCGAUACACAGCCUUAAGAAGGAGCAGUGCCUUCAGGAAGAGAUUCUGUCGCUGAAACGCCGUGUUUCGGAGCAGGAUGAGGCGCUCAAAGGUACAAUUCAAAGACUGAGAAGCACCAGCCGCACAAAGGACAGCAUGGAGCACUUCAUCGUCAGCCAGUUGUCAAGAACUCGAGACGUGUUAAAGAAAGCAAGAACAAAUUUGGAGAAGAACGAGUUGAGACUGUCUUCUCUUAGUUCGUCCUCCCCUCACACUGCUGAAGAGCCAAGAGAGGAUGCCAGAAAAUGGCCUUCUGAUUUCGGUCUCAUGACCUCCAGUGGUGCGGCCAAUCAACACUUGGCAACAAGGAAGCGUACCAGCCAAUGCCUGCUUUAG